CUGGAGGACGCGGAGCUGCGGGAAGCGCAGCGAGAUUACCUCGAUUUUCUGGACGAUGAGGAAGAUCAAGGGAUUUACCACAGCAAAGUCCGGGACAUGAUCAGCGACAACCAGUAUCGCCUCCUGGUCAGCAUCAACGACCUGCGGCGGAAGAACGAGAAGAGGGCCAACAGGCUCUUGAGCAACGCCUUUGAGGAGCUGAUCGCCUUCCAGCGCGCCCUGAAGGAUUUCGUUGCCUCCGUUGACGCCACCUACGCCAAGCAGUACGAGGACUUCUACAUCGGGCUGGAGGGCAGCUUCGGCUCCAAGCACGUGUCGCCGCGGACGCUGACAGCCUGCUUCCUCAGCUGCAUUGUCUGCGUGGAGGGCAUCGUGACAAAAUGCUCUCUGGUUCGUCCAAAGAUCGUCCGGAGCGUCCAUUAUUGUCCAGCUACCAAGAAGACUAUUGAGCGACGAUACACAGACAUGACCUCCCUGGAUGCUUUCCCAUCCAGCUCUGUCUACCCUACGAAGGAUGAAGAGAAUAACCCUCUGGAGACAGAGUUUGGACUCUCCGUCUACAAGGACCAUCAGACCAUCACCAUCCAGGAGAUGCCUGAGAAGGCACCAGCAGGGCAGCUGCCACGCUCGGUGGAUGUCAUUCUGGAUGAUGACCUGGUGGACAAGGUGAAGCCAGGGGACCGCAUCCAGGUGGUGGGGACGUACCGCUGCCUGCCAGGAAAGAAAGGGGGUUACACUUCAGGGACUUUCAGGACUAUCCUCAUUGCCUGCCAUGUGAAGCAGAUGAGCAAAGACAUCCGGCCUCUCUACUCUGCUGCUGAUGUGGCCAAGAUCAAGAGAUUCAGCAAGAGUCGCUCCAAGGAUAUCUUUGACCAGCUGGCGAGGUCCCUGGCUCCGAGCAUCCAUGGGCACGAGUACAUCAAGAAGGCCCUUCUCUGCAUGCUGCUCGGAGGGGUGGAGAAGGUCCUGGAGAACGGGAGCCGCAUCCGAGGAGACAUCAAUAUCUUGCUGAUAGGAGACCCUUCUGUCGCCAAGUCUCAGCUGCUGCGGUACGUGCUCAGCACCGCACCCCGCGCCAUCCCCACCACUGGCAGAGGCUCCUCCGGUGUUGGCCUGACUGCCGCUGUCACCACGGACCAAGAAACCGGUGAACGGCGCCUGGAAGCAGGGGCCAUGGUGUUGGCCGACCGGGGGGUGGUGUGCAUUGACGAGUUUGACAAGAUGUCUGACAUUGACCGCACGGCCAUCCACGAGGUGAUGGAGCAGGGCCGUGUCACCAUCGCCAAGGCCGGCAUCCAUGCCCGCCUCAACUCCCGCUGCAGCGUUCUGGCAGCGGCCAACCCUGUCUAUGGCCGGUAUGACCAGUACAAGACGCCCAUGGAGAACAUUGGCCUGCAGGACUCCUUGCUCUCCCGCUUUGACCUGCUCUUCAUUGUGCUGGACCAGAUGGACCCCGAGCAGGACAGGGAGAUCUCGGACCACGUCCUGCGGAUGCACCGCUACCGCAACCCCAACGAGCAGGAUGGGGACGCCAUGCCCCUGGGCAGCGCUGUGGAGAUCCUGGCUACGGAGGACCCCGACUUUGUGCAGGAGGAGGAACAGGAGCUCCAAGUGUAUGAGAAACACGAUGACCUUCUGCAUGGGCCCAACCGCCGCAAGGAGAAGAUCGUCAGCAUGGAGUUCAUGAGGAAGUACAUCCAUGUAGCAAAGAUGAUUAAGCCCGUCUUAACCCAGGAGUCAGCAAGCUACAUAGCGGAGGAGUACUCCCGCCUGCGCAGCCAGAGCCAGAUGAACUCGGACAUUGCCAGGACCUCCCCAGUCACAGCCCGUACGCUGGAGACCCUGAUCCGCCUCUCCACGGCCCACGCCAAGGCCAGGAUGAACAAGACAGUCGAUCUGCAGGAUGCCGAGGCGGCUUUGGAGCUUGUGCAGUUCGCCUACUUCAAAAAGGUGCUGGAGAAGGAGAAGAAGCGGAGAAAGCAGGCGGAGGAUGACUCAGAGACCGAGGAGGAGGACGAGGAGUUGCAGCCCAAGGAGGAGCGCAGGACGAGGAGGAGAAAGAAGGCACGCACAGGAGGCGAGGGGGACUCCUACGACCCCUAUGACUUCAGUGAUGCCGAGGAGGAGAUGCCAGAGGUCCAGGCACACACUCCAAAGACGCCCGAAGCCUCGGCUGCUGCCGAAGCGAAGAAGCCGGAGUUGGCUGAGGCGAGGUUGAAAGCGUUCAAGGCUGCUCUCCUGGAGGUCUUCAAAGCUUCCCACGCCCAGUCCGUGGGUUUGAAGAAUGUGAUGGAGUCCAUCAACCGCGACAACCCUGAGCCCUUCUCGCUGGCUGAAGUGAAGGUGGCGUUGGCCCACAUGCAAGAUGACAACCAGAUCAUGGUGUCUGAUGACAUUAUCUUCUUAAUCUGAGCCUCUGGGUGGAAGAGCCCAAGUUCUUGUGGACUCUUCAGUCUGGAGAUUCUUUGUGUUUGCCUUCAACUCUCUCCUGAACACGUCAUCUGGCUGAGCUGAACUUUGGAGAGCUCAAGUUUGUGCACUUUACAGUCCUUCCUCGCUGUGCAUUGCUGGCACCAAAAAAGCCAGGAGCUCUGGAAGCUCUCUUACUGUUGCUGCCUCCAAACUGGAGUAUUUGGGAAGAGGUUUGUUUCUGCAAGGAGCUGAAAGGAAAAACUUAUGUGCAAAUUAUCAGUGUUCUUAAUGUAUUGUUUUUAGCUUUGG